UGCCAGAGUCGUCGCAGCAUCCUCUUGUUUGCGUGUCCUCGCUGCUCUCCUCCAGCUGUUUUUCCUGCUCCUCGGCCGGCGCGAUGGCGAAGCCGCUGACGGACAGCGAGAAGCGGAAGCAGAUCAGCGUGCGCGGGAUCGCGGGGCUGGGCGACGUGGCCGAGGUGCGGAAGAGCUUCAACCGGCACCUGCACUUCACGCUGGUCAAGGACCGCAACGUGGCCACGCCCCGCGACUACUUCUUCGCUCUAGCGCACACGGUGCGCGACCACCUCGUGGGCCGCUGGAUCCGCACGCAGCAGCACUACUACGAGCGCGACCCCAAGCGCAUCUAUUAUCUUUCCCUGGAAUUCUACAUGGGCCGUACACUGCAGAACACGAUGGUGAACCUGGGCCUUCAGAAUGCUUGUGACGAAGCCAUCUAUCAGUUGGGGUUGGACUUGGAAGAACUGGAGGAAAUAGAAGAGGAUGCUGGCCUUGGGAAUGGAGGCUUGGGGAGGCUGGCAGCCUGCUUCCUUGACUCAAUGGCCACCUUGGGCCUGGCAGCAUACGGCUAUGGAAUCCGCUAUGAGUUUGGGAUUUUUAACCAGAAGAUUGUCAACGGCUGGCAGGUGGAGGAGGCUGAUGACUGGCUGCGCUACGGCAACCCCUGGGAGAAAGCCCGGCCCGAGUACAUGCUUCCUGUGCACUUCUACGGGAGAGUGGAGCACACCCCCGAGGGCGUGAGGUGGCUGGACACGCAGGUGGUGCUGGCCAUGCCCUACGAUACGCCAGUGCCAGGCUACAAGAACAACACUGUCAAUACCAUGAGGCUGUGGUCCGCCAAGGCGCCCAACGACUUCAAGCUCCACGACUUUAACGUGGGCGGCUACAUCGAGGCGGUCCUGGACAGGAACCUGGCCGAGAACAUCUCCAGAGUCCUGUAUCCAAAUGACAAUUUCUUUGAGGGGAAGGAGCUCCGUCUGAAGCAAGAGUACUUUGUGGUGGCCGCCACCCUCCAGGACAUCAUCCGCCGCUUCAAGUCCUCCAAGUUCGGCUGCCGGGACCCCGUGAGAACCUGUUUCGAGACGUUCCCAGACAAGGUUGCCAUCCAGCUGAAUGACACUCACCCGGCCCUCGCCAUCCCUGAGCUCAUGCGGAUCCUGGUGGACGUGGAGAAAGUGGACUGGGACAAGGCUUGGGAAGUCACAAAGAAGACCUGUGCGUACACCAACCACACCGUGCUCCCGGAGGCCCUGGAGCGCUGGCCUGUGUCCAUGUUUGAGCAGCUGCUGCCACGGCACCUGGAGAUCAUCUACGCCAUCAACCAGAGGCACCUGGACCACGUGGCUGCCCUGUUCCCUGGGGAUGUGGCCCGCCUGCGGAGAAUGUCUGUCAUCGAGGAAGGGGACUGCAAGCGGAUUAACAUGGCCCACCUGUGUGUGAUCGGCACCCACGCUGUCAAUGGCGUGGCGAGGAUCCACUCGGAGAUCGUGAAGCAGUCAGUCUUUAAGGAUUUUUAUGAGCUGGAGCCAGAGAAGUUCCAGAAUAAGACGAACGGCAUCACGCCCCGGCGGUGGCUGCUCUUGUGUAACCCAGGGCUGGCUGACACCAUCGUGGAGAAAAUCGGGGAAGGUUUCCUGACCGACCUGAGCCAACUGAAGAAACUGCUGCCAUUGGUCAGUGACGAGGCGCUCAUCAGGGAUGUGGCCAAGGUCAAGCAGGAAAACAAGUUGAAGUUCUCUGCCUUCCUGGAGAAGGAAUACAAGGUGAAAAUCAACCCAUCCUCCAUGUUCGACGUGCACGUGAAGAGGAUCCACGAGUAUAAGCGGCAGCUGCUAAACUGCCUACACAUUGUCACACUGUACAACCGAAUAAAGAAGGACCCGGCCAAGGCCUUCGUGCCCAGGACUGUCAUGAUUGGGGGCAAGGCAGCCCCUGGUUACCACAUGGCUAAGAUGAUCAUCAAGCUGGUCACAUCCAUCGGCGAUGUCAUCAACCACGAUCCAGUUGUGGGUGACAGGCUCAAAGUGAUCUUCCUGGAGAACUACCGUGUGUCCUUGGCUGAGAAAGUGAUCCCCGCUGCAGACCUGUCCCAGCAGAUCUCCACUGCGGGCACUGAGGCCUCAGGCACGGGCAACAUGAAGUUCAUGCUCAAUGGGGCCCUCACUAUCGGUACCAUGGACGGUGCCAACGUGGAGAUGGCCGAGGAAGCUGGAGCCGAGAACCUCUUCAUUUUUGGCCUGCGGGUGGAGGACGUCGAGGCCCUGGACCGGAAAGGGUACAACGCCAGAGAGUUCUAUGACCGUCUGCCCGAGUUGAGGCAGGCUGUGGACCAGAUCAGCAGUGGCUUCUUCUCCCCCAAGGAGCCAGACUGCUUCAAGGAUGUUGUCCACAUGCUGCUGAACCACGACAGGUUCAAAGUGUUUGCAGAUUAUGAAGCGUACAUGGCAUGCCAGGCCCAGGUGGACCAGCUGUACCGGAACCCGAAGGAGUGGACCAAGAAGGUCAUCAGGAACAUUGCCUGCUCGGGCAAGUUCUCCAGUGACCGGACCAUCACGGAGUAUGCACGGGACAUCUGGGGUGUGGAGCCCUCUGACCUGCAGAUCCCGCCCCCCAACCUCCCCAGGGACUAGGUGCCCUGGCACCGUUGGGACCAGCAGGCUUGUUUUCUUGUUGACUCUGCACCUCAUGCCGGUUUUCAAGCACUUUGCCAGCA